UCUUCAUGCAUUUAACCUUUUAGCAUUUCCCUCUGUUUCUCUCUCCUACUCUCUGUUCAUUUAUAUUACACCAUACAUUCCCAUUCCCCUUUCUCUCUCUAACUUUCACACUUUCUCCACACCUCUCUCGAAGGUUUUUCAAUGGCAAUUGGGCUCUCCAUCGUCGGGAGUUCCCAAUCCCUCCUCCCUCUCCUCCACCGACCAGGCUCAAUCUCCUUCCUCUGCCGCCCCGUUCACCGCCGAUUCCCUGUGUACCGGUCAAAAAAGAGGAGAGAGAAAAGCCUCACUAUCUGCGUCAUUCUCGAGGAACGGGAAUUAAGCGGCGUUCAAACGGAAAGUAGUACGACGAGUACAAGCGGUGAAAACGAUGUGAUUAAUAUCAAUGUUACUCAGUUGUUGAGCAGCGAGAACGACGAUGGAAGACAAAUUGCAGCGACGAGAUUAUCGGAGAAAUUGGCGAGGAAGAAAUCUGAGCGGUUUACGUAUUUGAUUGCGGCUGUUAUGUCUAGUUUAGGUAUCACUUCAAUGGCGAUUAUGGCUGUUUAUUACCGGUUUUACUGGCAAAUGGAGGGAGGAGAAGUGCCGGUUACGGAAAUGCUCGGGACAUUUGCACUAUCAGUUGGAGCUGCUGUGGGGAUGGAGUUUUGGGCGAGAUGGGCACAUAAAGCUCUUUGGCAUGCUUCUUUAUGGCAUAUGCACGAGUCUCAUCACAAGCCAAGAGAAGGACCUUUUGAGCUAAAUGACGUGUUUGCCAUAAUUAAUGCAGUCCCGGCUAUUGCCCUUCUUAACUUUGGCUUCUUCCACAAAGGCCUUGUCCCUGGUCUCUGCUUUGGAGCUGGACUUGGAAUAACAGUAUUUGGGAUAGCCUACAUGUUUGUGCAUGAUGGUCUUGUUCACAAGCGAUUCCCAGUUGGUCCCAUUGCCGAUGUUCCUUAUUUCAGAAGGGUGGCUUCUGCCCAUAAGCUACACCACUCUGAUAAGUUCGAAGGAGUUCCAUACGGGCUGUUCUUAGGGCCGAAGGAGCUUGAGGAGGUAGGAGGCCUCGAGGAGUUGGAGAAAGAAAUAAACCGUAGGAUCAAGUCAUCCAAGGGCUCAUAAUUGACGAAUAUGAGACCUGUUUUUGUUAUUAAUGUCCAAAAAAUAGAAUUAUAGAUGAAGUUUUUUAAUAUUUUUUUGGUCUUUUGACUUCUAGAUUUCCCUUUGAGGAAGGAAAAUUCGAAUUAGGAUGACUACAUUCUACGGAGUAUGUGUAUAGCUGUAAAUUUUGCGCGAUUUUGCGCCCUGUAUAUCAAGCUGUGUCAUGCCAAAGAAAAAACUAAAUUGGAUAUGAACUGUAUUGAUGAAUGUGUAUGAAGCUCUGAAAUGGAAAGAACGAAGAAAAAAAAGAUAUAGGAUCCUGUUUAUUUUCA